GUUAUUUUAUUAAAAGACUAUUUAUAUGCGAGACACCGUUUUAUUGUGAAAUUUUAUGAGUUUAUUCAUUAAACAGGAGUCUUAAGGAAAUAUAAAUCGUUUAUUUUAAUUUGAAUAAAUCCAGUCAUGCGCAAUUCCCCCCUUAUGUUUAUUUCAUGUAUUGUGGUUAGAAUCAAACAAUAAUUUCUAUAAUAAAAAGAAUUAUUGAGUUUAAUUAUUUUAUAAGUAGAGUAAUGGAUUUGGAUUUAAAUAAAAUUUGUCGUGUAUGCAUGAAAGACGGUGUUAUGAUGCCAAUUUUUAAAGUAAAUGUUUCCAAAAAGUUAAUGUCUUGUGCUUCGGUACAGGUUUGGCCAAACGACAACCUCCCAAAACAAAUCUGCAACAAAUGUUCGGCGAAAUUACACAUUUCCUUUCAAUUCAAAAAGCUGUGUGAAAAAUCCGACGCAAAACUUCGCCAAUAUGUAACAAAAAUAGAACAAGAAGGUGAAAUUCUUCGUCAGCAAUCCACCCAACAAUCAAUUCAACAACAAGUCCAAGUCAAUGCUGUGAACGGAACAGGAAAUUGCGUCUUCAUAGAAUGUGCCCCAAUUCUAGAUAUGCAAGGCGAAGAAAAAUUUGUCCAUUUCAAUACAAUCAAUCAACCCCACGAAACGCUAACACAAGUUGAUUAUAAUAUUCACACCGACGGUCAUCACAGUUAUAAUUUACAAGCUGUCCAAGUUUACAAUGGAACUUAUACCGUUCCAGUUCAAGACGUCCAACCAGGAACAAUUAUUCAAAAUCAAGUCAUUACAACACAAAUCCCAAUUCAAAAUCAAAUAGUCCAUCAACAACAAAGCACUGUAAUCGAAAAUGAAACUUUAAAUCAAUUACAAGAACCUGAUAAAGAUAAAUUAAAGAAAGAAAUUAAAAUUAAAAAGGAAACUGUUGAUGGAAAAAUAUGUAGAACUUGUAAUAAAAUGUUUUCUACCACAGCUAAAUUAACAAGGCAUAUGAAAAUACAUUCAGCUGAUAUGCCAUAUAAGUGUAAUUUUUGUAAUAAAGCUUUUACACAUAGUAGUAAUUUUAAAAUACAUUUACGAAGUCAUACUGAUGAGAGACCUUAUAGGUGUUCUGUGUGUAAUAAAGGGUGUAGACAAGCUCAGGAUUUAGAGAAACAUAUGCGUACACAUACAGGUGAACGUCCUCAUAAAUGCGAUAUGUGUGAAAAAGCAUUCUCAACAAGUUCAAAUUUAAUUGCUCACAAACGAAUUCAUACUGGCGAACGUCCUUAUGUUUGUUCAGUUUGUCAAAAAGCUUUUUGCCAAUCUAACGAACUUACAAAACAUAUGCGAACUCAUACAGGUGAAAAACCACAUGUUUGCGAUAUUUGCCAUAAAGCUUUUAAUGGUUCAAGUGCUCUUAUAGUCCAUCGAAGAUCUCAUACAGGUGAAAGGCCGUACAUUUGUAUUAUUUGCAAUAAAGGAUUCAUACAAUCAAGUUGUUUAUCGUUGCAUUUAAAACGACAUAAUAGGGAAAAAAAGAAAUUGGACGAGGAGUUGGUGUGUCAUGUUUGUGAUGAAAGAUUUGCCACUAAAAGCGAAUUUAAAAAUCAUAAUUUGAAUCAUUUUGAAAGAACGCAAGAAUUAUUAAGUUAAAUUGUU